GGCUCCAUCCGCGCACCUCGCCCCGAAGCCGGGAGCUUUGCGCCCCAAAAAAGAGCAACUUUCCCCCCAAUAAAGGAGGUUUGGGGAAAAGCAGCGAGGUUCUGAAAAAGCAACAGGAUUUGAAAAACAACAACAACAAAAAAAGCAAAACCCCACAGGAAUUUACCCUCCGAGCAGCAAGUUUGUGCGGAAAAAAAGCCCAGCGACUUCCCCAAAAAGCAGCGGAUUUGGGUGAAAAACAGCAAGCUUCUGAAAAAAAAAAAAAAAAACCAGCAAGUUUCUGGAGAAGCAGCAGGUUCGCUGAGGAAACCCGGCCGGGGAGUUUCUGAAGAAGCGAGGGAGUUGAAGAAAGCCGACAAAAAUAACAAGAAGGAAGAAAAAACUAACAACAACAAAACCAACCCAAAACUCCCCAAGUUUCCCCAAAAAGCAGAAAAAUCAAGCCCAUUUCCAAAGCGGCGCUGGGAGGAGCUCCGGGGGCCAUGGGUGCCGGGCGCUGGGGGGGUCUCCCACCCGGGAAUGUCUCCUUGUGUCCCAACGGCUCCCAGUGGGUGAUGGAGAUCUUCAACGAAUGUGCCCAGGACGCCUGGGACUUCACCAGUAUCACCCUGGGACUGGUUUCCAUCUUCUGCUUCGCCGCCGCCUCUUUCCCGCAGUUUUACCAGGCCUGUAAAACAGGCAUCAUGGACCGAGCUCUCUCCAUCUAUUUCCUGCUGGGAUGGCUGGGAGGAGACCUCCUGAACCUCAUCGGGUCCUUCCUGGCCGAUCAGUUGCCGCUGCAGGUUUACACAGCCAUUUAUUACGUGCUGGCAGACCUGGUGAUGCUCUCGCUCUACGGCUACUACAAAGUGAAGAACCGGGGCCGAGGAGUUGCUGCCCCCAUCAACGCAGCCUUCGCCUUCCUCUCCCUGGGGACGCUGUCGACCCUCUCCCUCCUGGGCAGGGGUGAUGCCACGGUGAAGGAGCCAGCAAGGUUCAAAGGGAGGUCUCUGCUCUCUGCUGGUGGGGACCACCUGGGGCCGAAGCCCUUCAGCAGGAGCGAGAUCGUUGGCUUCACCAUCGGCUCCGUCUCCUCGGUGCUGUACCUCUGCUCCCGCCUCCCCCAGAUCUACACCAACUACAAGAGGAAAUCCACCGUCGGGGUCUCCUACUCCCUCUUUGCCCUGGUGAUGUUGGGGAACUUGCUCUACGGCCUCAGCGUCCUCCUGAAGAACCCGGAGCCGGGACAAGGCGAAGGUGACUACGUCCUGCACCACCUGCCCUGGUUGGUGGGCAGCCUGGGCGUCCUCUCCCUCGACGUGGUUAUCUCCUUCCAGUUCCUUGCUUAUCGGAAAGGAAGAGCCAGUACCCACGAGGAGAGGGACGCUCUUCUGGGCCAGCGAGGUGACAACCUGGAGAGCUGACAGAGGGACCUGCCCCGCGGCGAGAAGAGGACAAUGCAGAGGAGAAAGGUGGCCUUAAUGCUGGAAAAACCAGUCCCUCCACCCUGGUGGCUCUUGGGGAGAAGAGGAGCCAGCGGGUGCCACGUGCUGCUGCUAGGGCAGAGGCUGCUGCUGAGAGACCUCCUGCCUCUUGGAUACCAAUGACACUAUCGGGAUAAACAGGGAAUUAAUUAUUUGAUACCUCAAAAGGUCGCCCUUCGCUGCUUUUACGCCCCAAAGCUGAGCUCGGUCACUUCUGCUUUACCUCCCAUCUCUUGGAGACGAGCUGGAGCUUCCCUGGUGCUGGAAAAGAUGGGAAGAGCCUGAGGGGCUGUGGGGAGGGGACAGAGAUGACCCACCUGCCACCAACUCACCUCCAUGGGUCCCCCAUCUCCUGCACCGAGCUCCCUCUGGAAGACAUGAGCUCUCUCUGGAAGACACAGCAGGGGCUGGGACCAGCUCAGAAGGAGGGAGCAGCAGAACCAAAGUGUUUUGAGUCCACACGUCCUUAUUUUAAUUAGCACAGCUCACACCUCUAUAAAACAAGCCCUUUCCCCGCC